AUGGAGUCUCGACCUGACACCUACGAUGCUCAGGAAAAGGAGGACGUCAUGAUCACUUUUUCCCUUGAACCACCGUCAUCCCCUCGGACCCGAUCCCCUUUGGCCCGAUCGCAUCUCCGCUCUCGCUCACUGGCCGGAAUCCCGGGCAUGCCGUCUAUGACGCGCGCCUACUCAUCUCCAGGACUGGACUCUCGUGGUCGUUAUAUCUUCAAUGGUCGGGCACCGGACGCAAAGCGAUAUCUACCCCUGCAGAUGCGCCCCGACGAUCACGUCGAAACCCGCAUGGGAUCCCUGAAUAUCUCAGAGACCAUUUCGGAGAACGCAGAACUCCAAACCGUCCCCAGAUCACCCUCUCAGUCCGGCUCCCCAGACCUGAUGGCGCAAACGUUCCCCCGCAUCGUCCUCGGGGGCAAGUACAACGAAGCCUACCCGGUGAACUCCGCCUCCUCCGUUUCAUCCAUGUCCAUCCCCUCCACGCCGACCAGUCUCCGUUCACGCAGCCCCAGCAUUUCCUCCCUGGAGACAAUCCCUGACAUCCCUGAUGCAGAAAACGAGGCAAUGGAGGACGAUCGGAUCGCCGAGCUGAAGGCCGCAGCUGAUGCCGCCGACGCUGCAAGCAACGCCAACCGCCGGCGCGGGGCAUCCGAUGCGCCCAACUCUUUCAGCACCACUCGUGGGGGAACUGGUAGCUAUGGAGCCCGGAGCGACAAACGCAAGCGAUGGAGUGUCUGUGGCGCCGAACGACGACAGGAUCUUGAUCUCGAGACCAUCUGGGAGGACUGA